AUGAGCGUUCGGGCACAAUGCACGGGCUCUUCUUCUGUUUCUCCCGCACCUCUCUCGUUCUUAUUCCUCCCCCCAACACCCUUCCACACCCCCCACAGGUGGGCGGAGUUGGGCACAGUGUACCGCUAUGAGCGUUCGGGCACGAUGCACGGGCUCUUCCGCGUGCGCGGAUUCACCCAGGUGGGCCUCACUGCCUUUCAGGUGGCCGUUCAGGUGCGUGGAUUCACCCAGGACGACGCAUAUAUCUUAUGCCUGCCCUCUCAAAAUCGGGACGAGAUGCGCGGUGUGCUGGACCUCACAGAGGCCAUGCUCACACACCCACACCCACGCCAUCCCCCGCCUCUUCCCCCCCUGGCUCCCAGCCCCCCUGCCUUCCUCGACGACGCACACAUCUUCUGUCUGCCCUCCCAAAUCAGGGACGAGAUCCGUGGGGUGCUGGACCUCACAGAGGCGAUGCUGACGGACUUUGGCUUCCAGCAGCUGGAAAUCAACCUCUCCACCCGCCCGGAGAAGUCUGUUGGGGAUGAUGCCAUCUGGGAGCAGGCCACUCAGCAGCUCGAGAUCAACCUCUCCACCCGCCCGGAGAAGUCUGUCGGGGAUGACGCCAUCUGGGAGCAGGCCACGCAGGUAAGGGGGUUACAGCAGGCUGCACAUGUGAAAGGGGGAGGCUGGGGGGGUGGGAGGGGAGGCACGUGGAGAGGCAUGUGUUCCCACGUCUCUUGGCUUCCAGCAGCUCGAGAUCAACCUCUCAACUCGGCCAGAGAAGUCUGUUGGGGAGUCUGGGAGCAGGCCACGCAGGUAGGUUGGGGCAGGCACAGGCAAAGGCACACGGGUGUGCUCUUUGGCUUCCAGCAGCUCGAGAUAAACCUCUCCACCCGCCCGGAGAAAUCCGUCGGGGAUGACGCCAUCUGGGAGCAGGCCACUCAGGCGCUGAGGGAGGCGCUGCAAGACAAGGGGUGGGAUUACACCGUGGAUGAGGGUGGAGGAGCGUUCUAUGGGCCCAAGAUAGAUGUGAAGAUCAUGGAUGCCAUUGGCCGCAAGUGGCAGUGCUCCACCAUCCAGGUGGACUUCAAUCUGCCGCACCGCUUCAACAUGGUCUAUGCGGAUGCGGACGGCACUCGCCGCCCGCCCAUCAUGAUCCACCGCGCCAUCUUUGGGUCCCUGGAGCGGUUCUUUGGCAUCCUCAUUGAGAACUACGCGGGCGACUUCCCCCUCUGGUUUGCGCCCACUCAGCUGCGCCUGCUGCCAGUCACAGACUCCGAGGUCUCCAUCGACGCUAUUGUCGCCUUGCUGCUCUGCUGUGCGCAGUCUCCUUACUCUUCUAGUCUUACUGUUCCUCCCUGUCUGUUUUCAAUGUUUUUUCAGGUGCCCUUCUGCAAGGAAGUGGUGGCCACCCUCCUGGAAAGAGGAAUUCGUGCUGAGGUGGCGAGUGGUGAGAGGCUGGGCAAGCUGAUUCGCAAUGCAGAGACUCAGAAGAUUCCGGUGAUGGCUGUGGUUGGCCCUAGGGAGGUGGAGUCUUGGAGUCUCAAUGUGCGUACGAGGAAGGGCGCAGAGCUUGGAGUCCUUUCUGUGGAUGAAGUGGCGAGAAAGAUUGAAGAAGCAGUAGCUAGUAAAGUCACGAUGUCGCUCGAGACUUAUUGGGAGAACUUCCAGCAGGCCUUUUGGCAGAUCUCACCGUAUGCUUACGCCGCCAUUGGUAUCGCCAUUUCCAUCGGCGUUUCCGUCCUGGGUGCAGCAUGGGGAAUCUUGAUUACAGGAAGUAGUCUAAUAGGCGCUGCCAUUAAAGCUCCUCGGAUCACGUCUAAGAACCUUAUCAGCGUUAUUUUCUGUGAGGCCGUAGCGAUUUACGGCGUUAUUGUCGCCAUCAUUCUGCAAACGAAGUUGGAAUCCGUCAGCAAGGCGAGAUUGCACUCGCCUGAAGCGCUCCGCUCUGGUUACGCCAUCUUCAACUCCGGCAUCAUCGUGGGUCUCGCGAACCUUUUUUGUGGGUUGUGUGUGGGCAUUAUCGGCAGCAGCUGUGCUUUCAACAUGGGCUUGAAACGUCUCCUCCACGCUCUUCAGGUUUCAUUGUACCAUCAGUUGUGGGGCCAACUGAUACUGUAA